AUGGGACAAAACAUCGCGUUCCACUACUCGGGCUCUUUGUUAAGGCGUUUUUUCGUAGACACGCAUUGUGGUGUCGCCUUGAGGAGGCUUGACAAAGUGUUGGCUGCUGCAAGGAAACGAGGCUACACUAAUCUCACCGUUGUCAAUCUCCGCUGGAUCGCCUGUUCUCUCCAGCGGACGGCAGCAGCCGCACUGCGACACCAAAAACAGACGGAGGCAGCGGCUUCAUCUCCUUCCAGCAGUGCUUUGAACUCCGAGGAGGUGAUUGUUCAGGGCCUUCUGAGGAGCAUUUUUAAGCACUCUUGGCCGACCCUCCAACAGGUCACCUGCUGGCAGCAUUCCUUCCAAAACCUCCUUCAGGAUCCACAGGAUGCCUUUCUUCUAGAACACAGCAGUAGGGCGAUCAUCCACAUUGACUUCAAAGCUGUAUUUCUCUCAAGUUUGAUUGUGGCUUCAAAAUCAUUCUUGAAGGUGGUUUGGAAGGCUGUUGAACUGUUGGCGCACAUAAGAGCAGAAAAAACCGAUGUUGACAUGAGGGGGAUUCAUCGACACUGUCAAGCCACGGGAUAUGAAGAGCUCUCGGGUAAGCGGAAAUCCAGCCUACUCCGUGGUAUGAACCUCGCCGUCAAGAGAUCGUUGGCUAACGUCGGCCUCGGUGCCUCCUCGAUCAACCUCCUGCGCCAGCCGUUACAGCGCAAUCGGUGCUAUGGUCUUCUGGUAUUUCGAGAAUUCCUCCAAGGCGAAUUUAGUGAUGAAAAUUUGGAAUUCUGGAUCGCCUGUCAAAAGUACAAGGCGCUCACUGAUGAGUCUUUGCAACGAUUACGGGCACAGGAAAUCUACGAUGGUUUCAUUGCCUUCCAGUCUCAAAGGGAGGUAAAUCUUGACUGUGAGACCCGAUUGCAAACAGAGUUGCGUCUAUCACAAGCCGAACCGGACUUAUUUGACGCAAGUCAGAAACGCAUCGAAGCUCUGAUGGAAAAGGAUCCGUAUCGACGCUUCCUACGCUCAACACUUUACCUCAAAUUAGUAGGUUUUUGUCAAAAGCAGGAGGGAUCGAAUUCCACUCCUACCGACAGCAAGACAGUGGAACCUCCAUUCGCCCUCCCAAAACCAUCCAACUCCGCGUCUGUCCACUAG